AUGAGUCAGAAGCACCCCAGUUUUUCAUUGAGUUCACCUGGGGGCACUGCAAAUACAUGGCAACAAAACAACCCCAAAUUUCAAGGACAAAGAGAUCCUGGUUUUGUGAAUCAGCAGAGGCAGCAGUUUCAGCCUCAACAGCCCAAUCAGCCUAGUCUAGAAGAUCUUAUUAAGGCCUUUAUUGUGAAAACUGAUGAAAGAUCUGAAGUACAAGGGGCAGAAAUUCGAAAUCUACAGAAAAACCCCAAAGAAAUAGUGGAUGUUGUGACCUUGAGAGGUGGGCAAGUAUUGAAAGAUCCCACCCCAGUCCAAAACGAUGUGGAACCUAAAAAAGGAAGUGGGGAGCAAAUGAAAAUUGAUGUUGAUAAGGAGAAGAAAGGCAAGAAGGGAGCUGAGAAAAAGGAAGAGAAUUCGAGAAGGGAGGAACCUGAAGAGAGUUAUUCUAAACUUACCAUUCACAAAAGUGCUCUCACAAAUGCCAGCUUAUGCCAAAUUCUUCAAGGAGAUCCUGAUAAAGAAGAGGAACCUCAGUGGAAACUGGAGAAUGAGAUUGGAGAGAUAAGGUCAGCACCAAUAUCUUUGCAGCUGGCAGACCAAACGACUCUGGUACCCGAGGGGAUAGUGGAAGAUGUGUUGGUUCGGGUAGAUAAAUUUGUAUUUUCUGUAGAUUUUAUAGUGGUGAAGAUGGAAGAAAAAAAGGAGGUCCCCCUCAUCCUAGGAAGACCAUUCUUAGCAACGGGUAGAGCUAUAUUAGAUAUACACAAGAGAAAACUCAUGCUUGGAGUGGGUGAGGAGACUGUGACUUUUGAGAUGAAUGUAGCAACGGGGGUGAAAAGGGAUAAACCAACUGCAAGUGUUGAGUGA